UUCCGCAAAGAUGAGUGGGACAAAAUUCCUCCACAGGGCUGUAAGAGACUCAUUGCAAGUUAUUGCAAACGCUUGAUUGCAGUUGUUGCUGCUAAGUGUGGCCCAAGCAUUUCAAAGUAAAGUCAAUUUGUCAUAAAACACAUCUCUAGUUUAUAUUUUUGGUAGUACCGAGAAGAGGACUUCCUGGAUUCCUGGAACAAUUAAUAUUUUAGUUCACCUGUCAUUGCAGUAAUUGCUGAGUCAGCGUAUGAUGCACACAUUUUUUCAAAAUCAUGAAACAAAAAAGUAAACAAUGUUCUAUUUGUUUCAUGGUGUGGGUGUAAAACUGAGCUUAAUAGGCUGAUUAAUCCAAUUAUUAUUUUUUUGCCUGAUUUCCUGAUUGCAGACACAGAACAUUCCAAGGUUUGGUGAAGCUGGACUAUAAAAGGAUGUGGUUUUUUGUUGUCCUCAGCAUCGAGCAUCAUCACUGCGAAGGUAACGCGACACAACACAGAUGGCAUUUUCUCUUCGCACGUUCUUCCUCCUUUGUGGGGUCAGCGGACUGUUGACCGGAGCUCGGUCUUGGCCCGGCAAGAACCGAGAAGGUUGCUGUCCUAAGGGCUGGACUCAGUUGGAUGACCACUGUUACAUCUACCAAGAUGACCCGAGAUCUUUUGCAGAUGCGGAGAACGUCUGCAACAUUCUUGGUGGGAAUCUGGCCUCAAUCACCAGUGCCGUAAAAAAUGCAGUUGUGUAUCAACUGGUUCUGGCAGGAAGUGGAAGCGAAGCCUGGAUUGGACUUAGUGAUGCUGUUGAGGAUGGAGAGUUUUUUUGGACUGAUGGCAAAUUCUUUGAUUUUGAAAACUUUGCCUCUGGAGAGCCUGCACCAGAGGACUGUGUGGUGAUUGAUAGUGGAGGUGAAUGGGCUACUCAAGAUUGCGCCAACCAGCAGUCAUAUGUUUGCAUCAUGGAGGCGUAUUGUUGCAAGUACUGAUCAUCCAUUGUAUUGUACCAUUGUACGACAUUGUAUAUUCUAUAACAAUGACUGUCCUGAG